ACUGCAGCUUUAAAAGGCUGGAUGACUUCCUAUUGGACACACUUCUCCUUUUUCCUCGCAGUCAAGUGAUUUCCUGGCUUCACUUUCACUCGGCGUAUGGAAAUGGAGGACCAAAUGGAGAGCCAGAAGAGACGGGAGGCCAGCAAAGACACUUUAAUAUCUGACCAGACUGGAUCCUUGGGAUGUGCAGGAUGGUUCAUCGUCAUAUUGGUUGGCUUGUUUACAAUUUGCCUUUUCCCCAUCACUAUUUGGUUCUGUCUGAAGAUAGUUCAAGAGUACGAGCGUGCAGUCAUCUUCAGACUAGGCCGGAUCACAGAUAGGAAGGCAAAAGGACCAGGAAUCUUCUUCAUUUUACCCUGUACUGAUUCGUUUCUCAAAGUGGAUUUGAGGACAGUUUCAUUUGACAUCCCUCCUCAAGAAAUUCUGACCAAGGACUCAGUGACAGUGAGCGUGGACGGCGUGGUCUACUUCCGCGUCAGUGACCCCAUCGCUUCCGUGGCCAAUGUGAGCAACGCUGACUUUGCCACCCGUUUGCUAGCUCAGACCACCCUCAGAAACGUCUUGGGGACCAAGAACCUGGCUGAGGUCCUGUCUGACCGCGAAGGCAUUGCUCACAGCAUGCAGUCCAACUUGGAUGAAGCUACCGACAACUGGGGUAUCAAGGUGGAACGCGUGGAAAUUAAAGACGUGAAACUGCCCCAUCAGCUGCAGAGAGCAAUGGCGGCAGAGGCUGAGGCUGCACGAGAGGCCAGGGCAAAGGUGAUAGCUGCCGAGGGUGAGAUGAACGCAUCCCGCGCCCUCAAGGAGGCUUCUCUCGUCAUCGCUGAGUCUCCAUCAGCUCUACAGCUUCGUUACCUGCAGACCCUCAACACCAUUGCAGCUGAGAAAAACUCCACCAUCAUCUUCCCCUUGCCUAUGGACAUCAUCUCCCACUUCAUGCGGAAGUGACCCUUGUUUGCAUGACACUUGAUUUAAAUGCCUACAUAUAUUUCAUCCACAACAAAAGGACAUAUUUUAUUUUUAUUUGUUUAUCAUUGUAGUGCAUGCUUUGACACAUCAAAUUUAUAAACUUUCACGGUAACCGUUGCAACCAAAUAGUGCGUGUCAUUUGUUGAGUAAUUCAUAACCUGUUACAAAUGGUACACAAUUACAAAAAUACAUUUUCUAUAAUAACUUAAAUGUCCCAAUAGCUAACUAGAAUUGGAAAUAAAUGUAUGUAAGUGUAAUUAAAGGUGUCAUUAAUUUAA